CUAUUUGCCACUAAAAUGUAUAACAAAGCAGCGCUUGGAAGAGUCUUUAACACCUGUGAUAUUAAUAUUUUCUUUCCAAAAAGUCAAGGAAAUGAUAAUCACAUCUGCUGUUGUGUAAAACUUGAGCCGUAUUACUGCAUUCCAGAGGCCCAAUUCAAGUACCACUUCCAGACUUUCUGUACACCGGUACUUCUGAUUCAUAAAGCACUGAGACCUGAUCCCAGGGUAGCAUUUGUGCUCUUGUACUCAUGUUGUGUGGUCAAUUACCAAUCCAUUCUGUUUCCGGACAUACAUCUCCACUGCAGAGAGGCUGAUAGUGUAGUGUACAACUCACGAGUGGAGGAAAAAGAAGCGGCUCAGCAGGCUUAUGACCAUGCCAAAAGCCAGGGGCAGACAACUGGACAGGUCAAGCAAUCGUCGGAAGAGAAGAAUGACUUCACCAUAUCCAUCAAUGUUGAAGCACUGAGUGAGCUGAAAUUCAACCUGACUUAUGAGGAACUUCUGAAGAGGAAAGAUGGAUAUUUUGAGAAUGUCAUUUCCAUUUCUCCAGGCCAGACUGUUGAACAUCUGGUUGUAGAUGUGCAUAUCAUCGAGCCCCAGGGUAUCCAGGAGGAAUCUGUAGACUUCUUUGUGAAGAAAUUCAGCCCGGACGGAACUGCUGAGGUUCAGCGCCCGGAUUGGGCACUGGUGAAAGGUUUGAAGAGUGAUCAAGUCAGUGUCCAGUUCUUCCCAACUCCCGAGCAACAAGAGGCUCUGUCUGCCAGUGGCAACUUGGGCAAGUUCAUCGUGCGAUACGAUGUCAUCCAUGGGCAAGAUGCUGGGGAUAUUCAGAUUGUCAAUGGCUAUUUCGUGCAUCAUUUUUCCCCGGAGGGAUUCAAGCCCACACAGAAGAGUGUCGUGUUUGUUCUGGAUACCAGCGGGUCAAUGAGUGGAACAAAAAUUCGGCAAACCAAAGAGGCCAUGGACACCAUACUCUCAGACCUGAGGGAGAUGGACGAGUUUGGUAUCAUCACUUUCUCCUCCUCAACGCGGGCUUGGAGGCCUAGCAUGGUACCUUCUACUAAGGAUAACAUCAAAUCUGCAAAAGACCAUAUACAAGGGCUGCAGGCCGGUGGAGGUACCAAUCUUCAUGGUGGCAUUGUUGAUGCUAUAGCCAUGUUGAAGGAGGCUCAGGGUAAUUCCCUGUCAACUGUAGGUAAGUUCUACUUAAUCAUCAUGCUGACAGACGGUGUACCCACGGCUGGGAGACUGACUGAGCCAGAGGGCAUUAAGGCCGACAUCCGCCGCCAGCUGGAGGGACGUUUCUCCCUGUUCUCAUUAGGCUUCGGCGAGGGUGUGCGCUACCCAUUCUUGGAGGAGCUCUCUCUGCAGACCAAGGGCCUAGCCCGCAAAAUCUAUGCAGACUCUGAUGCUGGGCUUCAGCUGGUGGGCUUCUUUGAUGAGGUGGCUACCCCUCUUCUGGUCAACAUUCAGAUCAAAUAUGAUGAGAACAUGGUUGUCACUAACAGCAUCUCAGAGACUAACUUCCCAGCUUAUUUCGUGGGAACAGAGCUUGUGGUAGCUGGAAAGCUGGUUGCCAACGAUAGCCUGCCAAACAUGCUGACCUGUGUGGUGAUUGCUGAAACUGGUGGGGUUGAAAUAGAGCUGGAGGUUGAAGUAAAUGUCCAGGAAGAGAGUCUGGGUGUUCUCAGCCCCAACGCUGUAGAUGACUUUGCCCAGCGGCUGUGGGCUUUCUUGACCAUCAAGGAGCUUCUCCAGAGGCGUAUUGCUGCACAAACAGACGAGGAGAAGAAUGCCCUGACAGAGAGGGCUCUGGAGCUCUCCCUCAAGUAUCACUUUGUCACCCCGCUAACGUCACUGGUCGUGGUCAAGCCGAAUGAAGAUGAGCCCGUUCUACCGGUUGUAGAACCCAGAGUUUAUCAUGAAGAGACCGUCGACAUAUCUCAUUAUAGGCGUCCACCUCCUGCACAUCCGCCCAAGCAAGGAUCGAUGCAAUUCGUAGGUCCUGUUUCUGGACCAUAUGGAGGACGCCCUUUUGGACGAUAUCGUAGUUCUGGUGAGUACCUGACGCGUGGUAAGUUUUGCCAAUGAUCACGAUCAGGCAUCGAUUGAUAGGAAAAUAAAACCCCAGAGUCCCCAUCACCGCCGUGACAGUCAUGCCCUCAACUGCCAAAAGACCUUUGUCGGUUCUGCUGCCGCGAAACUGUUUACUCCAAAGGGA